AGCGACGCACCCCAGACGCUUCCGCUUUCUUUCUGCAGCAGGAACUGUGGCCACUAGGCAAAAGCGGGCGCGGUGGAUAUUGAGCUUUGGCUCGGCCUCAUAGCUGCUGUCCGGCCCGAGCCCCGCGCGUCAUGUUGCUCCUGGUGCUGCUGCUGCCGCCCCUCUGCUGGGCCGUGGAGGUCAAGAGACCCCGGGGCGUCUCCCUCACCAACCAUCACUUUUAUGAUGAAUCCAAGCCUUUCACCUGCCUGGACGGCUCGGCCACGAUCCCUUUCGAUCAGGUGAACGAUGACUACUGUGACUGCAAGGACGGUUCCGACGAGCCGGGCACGGCUGCCUGUCCCAACGGGAACUUCCAUUGCACCAACGCCGGCUACAAGCCGCUGUACAUCCUCUCCAGCCGCGUCAAUGAUGGCGUUUGUGACUGCUGUGACGGGACUGACGAGUACAACAGCGGCACCGUCUGUGAAAACACCUGCAAAGAGAAGGGCCGCCAGGAGAGAGAGUCCCUGCAGCAGAUGGCAGAGGUCACCCGAGAGGGUUUCCGCCUGAAGAAGAUCCUCAUUGAGGACUGGAAGAAGGCCCGGGAGGAGAAGCAGAAAAAGCUCACGGAGCUGCAGGCCGGGAGGAAGUCGCUGGAAGACCAGGUGGAGACGCUAAGGACUUUGAAGGAAGAGGCGGAGAAGCCAGAGAAGGAGGCCAAGGAGCAGCACCGGAAGCUGUGGGAAGAGCAGCAGGCCGCUGCCAAGGCCCAGCGCGAGCAGCAGCUGGCGGCCGACGCCUUCCGGGAGCUGGACGACAACGUGGACGGUGUGGUCUCGGUGGCCGAGCUGCAGAGCCACCCAGAGCUGGACACGGACGGUGACGGGGCGCUGUCUGAAGGGGAGGCCCAGGCCCUGCUCGGUGGGGACUCACGGACGGACGCCAGCUCCUUCUACGCGCGCGUCUGGGCCGCCAUCAGGGACAAGUACCGCUCGGAGGCGCUGCCCGCCGACCUGCCAGCUCCCUCAGCGCCCCCGGAAGAGACAGAGCCCGAGGAGGAGCCGCCAUCAGCGCCGACCCAUCCCGUGGAGGAGGAGGAAGAGGAGGAGGAGAGUGAGGAGGAGGAGGAGGAGCAGGAUUCCCAGGAGGCCCCGUCCCCACUUGAGCCCCCCCAGCCUGCCAGCCCCAGAGAGGAGGACAAGAUGCCCCCCUACGACGAGCAGACGCAGGCGUUCAUCGCCGCUGCGCAGGAGGCCCGCAGCAAGUUCGAGGAGGCCGAGCGGUCCCUGAAGGACAUGGAGGAGUCCAUCAGGAACCUGGAGCAGGAGAUCUCCUUCGACUUCGGCCCGCAAGGGGAGUUCGCCUACCUGUACAGCCAGUGCUACGAGCUCACCACCAACGAAUACGUCUACCGGCUCUGCCCCUUCAAGCUCGUCUCCCAGAAGCCCAAGCUCGGCGGCUCCCCCACCAACCUCGGCACGUGGGGCUCGUGGGCCGGGCCCGAGCACGACAGAUUCAGCGCCAUGAAGUACGAGCAGGGCACCGGCUGCUGGCAGGGCCCCAACCGCUCCACCACCGUGCGCCUGCUGUGCGGGAAGGAGACCGUGGUCACCAGCACCUCGGAGCCCAGCCGCUGCGAGUACCUCAUGGAGCUCAGCACGCCGGCCGCCUGCCCCGAGCCGCCGCCCGAGCUGCCCGCCGACAGUGAGCACGACGAGCUGUAGCCCCGCCGGCCGAGACUCUCAAGGCGGGAAGCAGCCCCGGCAGCGCUGCCCUCCACCUUCCGUCUGUGGACCAAGGCCUGGGUCCUGGGGUCCCUCGCCCCCCUGCACGGAGCAGGACCCUUGGGGGCCCGUGAACCCUGCUCCCUGGGCCCUGCUGGCUGGGCCAUGUUCCCCGGCCCCCGUGGCCUCUCAAGAUAUGGGGGAGAGGAGCCCCGGUCCCUGGUCCCCACCCUGGAGGUCCCCCCCGACCUCCUGCUGCCCCUCUUCCCUGAUGGUGGGGCCAGCGAGUGACUUCAUCUGUGACAUUAGGAACAAUAAAUGUGACUCUGUCCCCGAA